CGUCAUCCUUACCCGUAAAUAUCUCCCUACCUUAGGGGUGUAAAGGUCAAUGUACUAACAAUAAGAUUUAUGCCCUAAAUAAAAAAGAUCUUCUCCAUUAUAGUGACAGAAGAAGAAGAGUGAAGCCUCUCGACAACAAUGGCGACAAUGGCAGCAAUAGGAGCAUUAAAAGUUCCUUCAUCUUCUUCUUCUUCCUCAUCCUCUUCCUCGAAUCUCACACGUAGAGCAUCGUCUCUUAGGAAAAGUCUCUCGUUCUCGUCUUCAUCUCUCACAGGCGAGAAAGUUAAUCCCACGCCGGAGAUCAUCUCCAAUGGCUCAAAUAAGAGAAGAACACCAUCGAUUGUGUCCCCAAAAGCAGUUUCAGAUUCACAGAACUCACAAACUUGUCUUGAUCCUGACGCUAGCAGGAGUGUGUUGGGGAUAAUUCUUGGAGGUGGUGCUGGAACAAGAUUAUACCCUUUAACGAAGAAGAGAGCGAAACCAGCUGUUCCUCUCGGCGCGAACUAUCGUCUGAUUGAUAUUCCAGUGAGCAAUUGCUUGAACAGUAACAUCUCCAAGAUCUAUGUGCUUACUCAGUUCAACUCAGCUUCUCUGAAUCGACAUCUCUCGCGAGCUUACGCGAACAACAUGGGUGGUUACAAGAACGAAGGAUUCGUCGAGGUUCUUGCUGCUCAGCAAAGCCCAGAGAAUCCAAAUUGGUUUCAGGGAACUGCUGAUGCAGUGAGGCAGUACUUGUGGUUGUUCGAAGAGCACAAUGUGUUGGAGUUCUUGGUUCUUGCAGGUGAUCAUUUGUACCGUAUGGAUUACGAGAAAUUCAUACAAGCUCACCGUGAAACCGACGCUGAUAUCACCGUCGCUGCUCUUCCUAUGGAUGAGAAACGAGCUACGGCUUUCGGGCUGAUGAAGAUCGAUGACGAAGGACGGAUCAUCGAGUUUGCAGAGAAGCCAAAAGGGGAGCAACUUAAGGCUAUGAAGGUUGAUACAACAAUCUUAGGCCUUGAUGACGAAAGAGCCAAAGAGUUGCCUUUUAUUGCUAGUAUGGGAAUAUAUGUUGUUAGCAAGAAUGUGAUGUUGGAUUUGCUCCGGGAGCAGUUUCCCGGAGCUAAUGACUUCGGGAGUGAAGUUAUUCCCGGAGCCACCGCUCUUGGAUUAAGAGUGCAAGCUUAUCUGUACGAUGGGUAUUGGGAAGAUAUUGGUACCAUCGAGGCGUUCUACAACGCGAAUCUUGGAAUCACCAAGAAACCAGUACCGGAUUUCAGUUUCUAUGACCGUUCAGCACCAAUCUACACACAGCCUCGUUACUUACCUCCAUCAAAGAUGCUUGAUGCUGAUGUUACUGAUAGUGUCAUCGGUGAAGGUUGUGUCAUCAAGAACUGCAAGAUCCACCAUUCCGUGAUCGGUCUUCGAUCUUGCAUAUCGGAAGGCGCAAUCAUAGAAGACACCUUGUUGAUGGGUGCAGACUACUACGAGACCGAUGCUGAUAGGACACUCCUGGCUGCAAAAGGCAGCAUUCCCAUUGGUAUUGGCCGAGACUCUCACAUCAAAAGAGCUAUCAUUGACAAGAAUGCUCGUAUUGGGGACAACGUCAAGAUCAUUAACACGGACAAUGUGCAAGAAGCUGCGAGGGAGACGGAUGGAUACUUCAUCAAGAGCGGUAUUGUUACAGUGAUUAAGGAUGCUCUGAUUCCUAGUGGAACCAUAAUCUAAAAGACCCUUUUUUUUUUUUUUUUUUACUUUCUUAUAAAUCAUUGUUUUUGACCUCUUUGUUGCUUCAUGUGAAUGUAUCCGAGGUCAGAGCCAAUGCAAUGCUUUCACUGCUCCUUCCUUGAAUAAUCAAUCUUUACUUUAUAUUCUAAAUACCCCAAGAGUCCAAGACCGUCGUAUCUUUAGUCCAGCAAGAUACAAAGAUGAACCUGCACUCUAUAGAACAAAACUAUGAACAAUGUACUUAGGGGUGUCAGCACUCUAUAGAACAAAACUAUGAACCAUGUACUUAAGGGUGUCAGCAAAUACUUGUGACAUUGUAACAAAAAUUUCUAAAUUUUAAAUAUCUGGCUAGUCA